AUGUAGUUAACAGCACUUCUUUGGUGUCCGCCAAAGUUUCAAGGUUUAAUGCGCUCUAACGGGUCGUCAAUUAGAGCUAUAUAAACACGAGCGCCUCGUCGGAAGGUUAUUCAGAACUUGUCUAUUGAUAAGCAAAGAUGUCAGGAAGAGGCAAAGGAGGAAAAGGUCUUGGAAAGGGGGGCGCCAAGCGUCACAGGAAGGUCCUUAGAGAUAACAUCCAGGGUAUCACCAAGCCCGCCAUCCGUCGUCUUGCACGUAGAGGUGGAGUCAAACGUAUCUCUGGACUCAUUUAUGAGGAGACCCGUGGUGUGUUGAAAGUUUUCCUUGAGAACGUCAUUCGUGAUGCUGUCACCUACACCGAGCACGCCAAAAGAAAGACUGUCACAGCCAUGGACGUAGUCUACGCCCUCAAGAGACAGGGACGUACCCUGUACGGAUUCGGUGGACGUGGUAAAGGAGGAAAAGUGAAGGGAAAGGCAAAGAGCCGAUCUUCCCGUGCGGGACUUCAGUUUCCCGUGGGUCGUAUCCACCGUCUGCUGAGGAAGGGUAACUACGCCGAGAGAGUGGGAGCCGGCGCCCCCGUGUACCUGGCCGCCGUUCUAGAGUACUUGGCCGCCGAAGUCUUGGAAUUGGCAGGCAACGCUGCCCGUGACAACAAGAAGACCAGAAUCAUUCCCCGUCACCUGCAGCUGGCCAUCCGCAACGACGAGGAGUUGAACAAACUUCUGUCCGGCGUGACCAUCGCCCAGGGUGGUGUCCUGCCCAACAUCCAGGCCGUGCUCCUGCCCAAGAAGACCCAGAAACCCGCCAUCAUGGCAGAUACAGCAGCUCCAGCAAAAAAGAAGGUUUCCAAGCCCAAGGUGCCCGCAGCGCACCCCAAGUACAUCGACAUGAUCAAGGCUGCCCUUGGGUCACUGAAAGAGCGUGGCGGAUCAUCUAAACAAGCCAUUCUCAAGUACGUGAUGGCCAACUAUAAACUGGGCAAUGACGCCAAAUCCAUCAAUGCCCAUCUCAGAAUGGCCCUUAAAAAUGGAGUCAAAAAAGGUGCUUUGAAGCAAGCCAAGGGUACAGGCGCCAGCGGUUCCUUCAAGCUUGGAGACAAGCCCAAGGCUGAGCAGAAGCCUAAAGCUAAGAAAGUAGCCAAACCAAAGGCUGCCAAACCUAAGAAGGCUGCUGCUGCCAAGCCCAAGAAGGCUGCCGGAGAGAAAAAGGUCAAGAAGACUCCAAAGAAACCAGCUGCGCCCAAGAAGGCCAAGACUCCCAAGAAGAAGACGGCAGCCAAGUCCCCCAAGAAGCCCGCCGCCGCCAAAGCCCCCAAGAAGGCCAAGACCCCCAAGAAGGCCGUCGCCAAGAAAUCCAAGACUCCUAAAAAAAUCGGCCAUUUCAUUUAUCCGAAUCAGGAGAAGAUGGCACGUACAAAGCAGACCGCAAGAAAAUCUACUGGAGGCAAAGCCCCACGAAAACAGCUGGCUACAAAGGCCGCUCGUAAGAGCGCCCCAGCCACCGGUGGCGUCAAGAAGCCCCACAGAUACAGGCCAGGAACUGUCGCUCUUCGUGAGAUCAGAAGAUACCAGAAAAGCACUGAGCUUCUCAUCAGGAAACUUCCAUUCCAGCGUCUGGUCCGUGAAAUUGCACAGGACUUUAAGACCGAUUUGCGUUUCCAGAGUUCUGCCGUUAUGGCCCUCCAGGAAGCCAGCGAGGCCUACCUUGUAGGACUCUUUGAGGAUACCAACUUGUGCGCUAUCCACGCCAAGAGGAUGUCAGGAAGAGGCAAAGGAGGAAAAGGUCUUGGAAAGGGGGGCGCCAAGCGUCACAGGAAGGUCCUUAGAGAUAACAUCCAGGGUAUCACCAAGCCCGCCAUCCGUCGUCUUGCACGUAGAGGUGGAGUCAAACGUAUCUCUGGACUCAUUUAUGAGGAGACCCGUGGUGUGUUGAAAGUUUUCCUUGAGAACGUCAUUCGUGAUGCUGUCACCUACACCGAGCACGCCAAAAGAAAGACUGUCACAGCCAUGGACGUAGUCUACGCCCUCAAGAGACAGGGACGUACCCUGUACGGAUUCGGUGGUUAGAAACUCUACCAUCGUUUGUGCUUCACAGCGCAAAACCAAACGGCCGUUUUAACGGCCACCAAAAUUCUUUGAAAAGACAUCUCUAUGAAACGACUUUGAGAAACGGUUAUUGUUUUCAUUUCAUUUGCAGUGCAGAUUGCUUAACGAUUAACAGUUGAGGAUAUUGCCAGGUUAAUUACUUGCACACUUUAUCUGGGAUGCAUACGUAAUUAGCUUGCAUUGUUCAUAAAUAUAUACCCUCAUGCUUGCCCACUGCACGCCAAACACGAUUAACAUAUACAACUUUACUGAAUGCAAUCUUGUGUAUGUAGUUGUGAAAUUUUAAUUCAUUACUUGAUUUCUUUUCAUAUUGGGAGUACACAAAGCACUAAGGGAGGGACAGUUUUGUUUUUUAUAUUUCUUACUCCAGGCAUCUUGCAAUAACACACGAGUGCAGACAAAAUGUGUUUGAAAAAUUUAAAGGGGUAUUCAUUUGCUGUGAAAGUGAUGGCAACCUUUUUCUUCCUCUCUCUCAAUGGCAUAGGAAUCUGUACAUUAAUGACUAAUAACAACAUUUAUUUUGUAUAGGAAACAAGAUAAGACAAUAAUAUUAAAUAUUUAAUCACCAACA